AUGUGCGGUCACAGAGGAGAGGAGAGAGGAGAGGAGACUCGCAGCUCUCCGGUUAUCGUACUUCUAGGCCUCGGAUCGACCGGACAGCACCGGGACUCACCGGGAACAUGGCGGUGGAGACACCAGCAACCUGCUCGGUACCAUAGAGAAGAUAAAUCAGAGAGGAACGACCAGAGGAGGAGCAUCACUUAACGCAGGUCAACGAAUAUCAGCCUCAGAUAAAGAUAAAUACACAGAGAUGAAGAGGCGAUGAGGGGAAACCUGAAUGCAGCAGUCCGUUUCUAAGCAACAGCAACACUGCGUGCGGCGCCGCACACACACCAUGGGCUACAAGAUCCCCGGGGCGGCGAUGGACAGAGUCAGCCUGCUGUGGCGCCUGAGGCGUCGGGCUCGCCGUGGAGUACUCUGCAUGGCCUUCUUCUGCAUCUCCAUGGCUCUGCUCUACGCCAUCUGCGCUGAAAACAGCGUGCCCGUCACCGACGCCAUCUUCGGGGUGCGGGCGCGAACCCGGGCUCAGCCUCGUGCACACUCCGUCAUCAAGGUGCUGCGAGGCGGAGCCAAGCCCAUGUACAUCGACCCCCAGAAGCUCCCAGGUGUCGUCCCAGGUGACCCUCACCGUCCAAUCCCUGUCCUCUCUUCUCCAAACCACACCCACGAAACCAAGGACUCAACGGCAAAGCGGAAGCCCAGAGAGCGGGAACCCUCCGGGUUUUUUGCUCGGCUGCUGCCGCGCCCCUUCACGCGUGCGCUGGAGACCCUGUUCGGAGGCCGGCGGAGGGGAGAGCUGAGUGGCAGAGUGGGGGACGCGGAGUUCUUCGGGCCUCAAGGGCUUUUGGGAGAGGUGUGGGAUGACGAGAUGUCCAGUAGCAUGCUGGGAAGCAGACUGAGGAAGGUGGUGCAGAAUUAUCAGGCGAUGAAUAAGUACGGAGUGGAGUUCUCCGGUCCUGGCGGUGUGUCCAACAGGCCCAAGCUGAGUGGUCCCAAGCUUCUCUGCCAGAUGAAGGACAAGGUAGAGGUCACCACUUUGACCCCUGACCUCCAGCCCUUCUCGUCGCUGCCCUGGGCCACCCAGCUGCCGCUGAAGCCGCUGACCUCUGACCUCGGGCCGUACAGGAGCUGCGCUGUGGUGUCGUCGGCAGGGUCUCUACGCUACUCUGGACUUGGCAAAGAGAUAGACUCUCAUGACGCAGUGCUGCGCUUCAACGCCGCGCCGACCACCGGCUACGAGAAGGAUGUCGGUUCUAAAACCACGAUCCGCCUCAUCAACUCGCAGGUGAUGGCGUCUGAUGACCAUCGCUUCCUGUCCAGCUCUCUGUACAGCUCAGGUGCUCUGGUGGCCUGGGACCCCGCCCCCUUCUCUGCUGACCUCACUCAGUGGUACAACAAGACAGACUACCCCAUCUUCACCCAGUACCAGAGAUACAGGAGGCUUCACCCUAUGCAGCCCUUCUACAUCCUGCAUCCUCGCUUUGAGUGGCAGGUGUGGCAACGAAUACAGGACAACAUGGCAGAGCCCAUCCAGAAGAACCCGCCGUCCUCCGGCCUGCUCGGAACCGUCCUGAUGAUGUCACUGUGCGAAGUGGUGCACGUUUACGAGUUCCUGCCGUCCCGCAGGAAGACGGAGCUCUGCCAUUACUACCAGCGUUUCUACGACGCCGCUUGCACGCUCGGCGCCUACCACCCUCUGCUGUACGAGAAGAACCUGGUCAAACGGAUGAACCAGGGGGCCGACCGCGACAUCUACACCCACGGACGCGUCACGCUGCCUGGGUUCAGUAAGCUGAACUGCACCCUGGGUGAUGCAGGUGUUCCCAACCAGUGACUGGGAAAUACCGAGGCAGUGCAGCGCAUAAACACACACACACACACACAUAUAUAUAUAUAAUGUGAAGCAGAGCCCUGCAUGAAGACACGUAAACAUGAGGACAGACGCAUGAACACUACAUUCUCACUGCCGAAACAAAAGGAACGCUGUGCCACUCACUAUAAAUAUUACAUGCUGUUACUAUAGGCUGUAAACACACACACACACACACACACACACACACACACACUGGAGUCCAAUCAACUGAUAGACGUGCCUGCUGUUCACAAAUACAUAUCCUUAUGAGGACGUUCCACUGAUAAUCCCUUUAAGGACCAUACCGUUAAAGUUUUUAACCAGUUAUCUAAAAAUAAUUAUGUACUAUUAAGAAAAAAAAUACAUUAGACAAGUAUUUUCCAAAGCAUACUAUCAUGUUUUAGACGAAAAUCAGCUCCUGCACGCUGUCGACACUUGAGGUUAAUUAAUGGAAUAGCUACAUUUCGGUCAACUGACCUUCGUCCGGCAUUUCAUAUAACAAAUGACAAGAAGCCUGCGUAUAUACUGUAGGCUUGCUGCUGUAGUCGAUGUUACACGGUGACAUGAUGUAUAUACAAUUUGUGAUUUAUUGGACUGAAACGUGUUAAAAUCAGCGGUAUGGUCCUUUAAUUUAAUUCUAAUCUUAAUCAUUACGCAAACCAAAGUCUUAAACUGACCUGCUGCACAUGUGAGAACCGGCCAAAUGGAUCUCAUUAAUUAAAAAAAGAAAAUCACGUAAAACACCACACAGACCUGUACAGAGAGGGCCUUUAUCUAUUGUGUAUAUACUGUAACAUAUUCAUCUCACUAUUUCACUUCCAUCUUUGACUUUUUCUUUGAAACCGAAUCACAAAAGCUACUUUCCUUUUUGUUUAAUUAUGAGCUCAACUUUCCUGAAACGACCCGUGGAGUGAUUCAUUUGUUCUUUGUUUGGAGUCUAGAUUGGUUUCUGGAUCAGUUUUUCACUGCCGAUGCUGCUUCCCUGAAUAUCAAAUCAUACUGAGGACCAAUCUGAUUCAGUGCCGUUACUCAGCUCAGUUUGAAAUUAGCCUUUAGGAGUUCAUAGAGACGUACGAUCAUGUGGCACUUAUGACAGAAAUCACAGCUGCUUUGUUUUUGGUUUCAGACAUGUUUCACGUGGCUUGAAUUUUAGUUUUGGGAAUAUUUUACAGCCCUAUUUUCAGGGCUUGAAAAACACUUGAUGUCUCGGCUUGACGUCAGCAGUUUCCUCCAAUUGUGAUUGUAUUUGUUCUCAGACUUGCUGUGAUUAGAAACAGUACGAGUACCCCACAUUAAGCUGGUUGAAUUUAAAAAAGUUGAAGUCUUAAAUAUUUUUCUGCAACAACAUUUCUUCUAUGUUUCUGUCAGGAGACGCUCUACAUCUCUGAACUAAAAGUGGGAUUGUUGUGUCAGUGUUGGUUAAUCUGUCUAUCUGUUUUCUGCGACUUAUCUGAGUCCAGGUCGCAUCAUUUUAAUUAAUCAUAUGAUUAGGGAAGUUCAGAAAAUAAGUGAUAUAAUAAUAUAUAAUUAGUGUAUUAGUGUAUUAUAUAGUGCAUUAGAUUCGCUGUUAAUAAUAAUCUAACUUAAAUAUUAUAAAAAUAACUAUUUGACCUGCACAGCAGCUUUCGAAAUGACUGCCUGCUUAACAUGUAGUACAAGCUGUGAUAAAACCCACUCUUUAAUACAACUAAAUCAUGAAUGUGUCUGCAUUAUUAGAGCAGGAGGAAACUAAACUGAGGUUCAACAUCCUUACGAGAUGAUAUUUUGUUGUUUACCGACUUAAAAGAGGACAAAGAAGAAGAGAUUUAGCCGUUUUCCUUUCGUUAAAGGUGUUUCAGUCUUUAUAGAAAUUACCUAGAAACACUAAAGUGGACGAAAAAAUGAGUUAUUGUGGGCGAGCUCUGAGAGCAAACAAAUCAAAAUAGGAAGUAAACAUCCUCAAAAUGAGACAAGAGCUCAAACUAUUAGAAUUAUAUAAAUGUGAAACAGUGAAAAUAUGUUGGAUUGGUGAAACUAGCACUUAAAUACGAUACAACAUGUGAAACAGGUUUGUAGUUGUCUGAAGGUGUAUUUUAUCCUCCUGCUGCUGGUCUUUCUUUUGCCAAGUUAAGACACAGACUCUCUUCACAGAGAUGAAACUGAUCUCCCUCUGGAGAACACUCAAGAACAAGAGGAUUUCACUAAAGAAUGACGGACUGCACCUUUAAGAAACCAGUGGAGUGAGUCAAGUGGUCGAAUGUCUCUACAUGACACACACAUACCUGCACACAUACUUCACUAAAUCUAUUUAUUAAAGAAACAUACUGCCUGCAGAUGACGACUAUCUUAACAGUGAUCCAACAAUCCAGUAAAAACAAGUUAAACAAACUAACAAAAGUUUUGUACCUACAUUGUCAAACCUUUAACAACCUGUUCCCAAUAGUCUUUUUAUAAUUCUUAUAUAGUGUAUAUAUUAUAGCAGUAAUACUCAGGAGGACGGUCUUUAAUGUGAUUCUGUGGCUCGGCCAUGUGAAGCAGAACUAGAGUUUUAUUUCUGUAAAUAUUCAUGUGAACAUUGUGAUGCUUUUGUAGUUGUUCAGAGCAACAUUUACUCAGAGAAGAGGGUAAACUAACCACAUUUUCUGCAAUGUCAUGCAAAAGUAGCUGCUUGCUAAAGUGAGUGCUAUGGUUAUAAAUGAAUAAGAAACGUAUGACACAGUUUUGACUAGAAUUUCUUCUUUGCUGUUCAUAUUUUCCAACGGUGUCUGAAAAGUGUUUCAAGAAGUAAAACUCCAGUCUGCUCACACUUGUGCACCGCUGUUGUAUUUUCAGUAUUGUCACAGUAAAGAACGGCCUCGCGAGCAUUAUGACUUUUAUUCUAUUAUUACUGACGCAUGUUAAAGUGUUCUCCAGAGUAGUGUAGCAACAGGAGAAACACUCUCUGAUUAACAGAGAAAUGAUCCGCAUGGCACGAAUUCUGCUUUUUAUCCCAUCAUUUUUUCUUCAUUAAACGUGAUGUAAAACAUGCAUAUUGUCAUCACGUGUGAGCCGGCUCGUUUGCAUGCAAACAAAGACAAUGAGCCUGAGUGUGACGCUCCCUGGAGGAUGGAUGUUAUGCGUCUAAAAUAUUAGAUUUUCCAUAAUAAAUAAUCAAAUUUUACAGCAGACGAGGAGUAAAUCAAACAAACUGGUCUAAUAUUUAAAGAUGAAUUAUCCACAGGUUGACUACGUGUCAAAAUGUUUUGAAAAUUUGAUUAAUUUCUAAGGAAAUUGCACCACUCAUGUGUCCAGCGUUGUUUGGUAAAAACCCUGUGCGAUGUUAUUAAUCUGGUGUAGUGUGAGUUAACGCAACGUUCAUUUUAUUCACCCUUUUCUGCACUAAAACAUGCAACUUGUUUACUAUGCACUGUUUGCUCACACUGAACAUAAACACAUAAAACUGUUGACAAAAAAAAAAAGAAAAAGGCAGUGUUGAUUUGUGUGAUUCUUACUUUGAACGAAAAGCAAGAAGAAACAGAAAAUAAAAUGUGAUUUAAUGUGUGUUUCCAUCCACUAGUGUUAUGUUAAUAUUAGGAGUUGGGUGUACAGCUGCACGAGAUCGUGACUAUUUAUUGAUUUUAACAAUAAAAUAACAUUUUUGUUUUACUUUCACAUUUAAAUAAACAAAGUGCUGCUUUCA